AUGAUUUCUGACUCUGACUCCACUGGAUCCAGAACUUCUACCGAGUCUGAAGUACCUGGAUUGCUGCAAACCGAUGAAUCUCAAAUGCACAAGCCCAAGAUUGACCUUAGCAAAGAAAUUGCAACUCCUCAACCUGGUGCUAUUCCUAGAACAAUAGGAAUGCCACCAUUGGAAUCAUUGAACUUACUGUUGAACCAACCUCGUGCUAACAUGCCCCCAAACCUGCCAGACUACACUGAAGAAGACUUCUUUGCUAAAUUUUCGGCCGAAAAGGCAAAGUCAAUUCUGCCUACUGAUAAACAUACUUCUUCUUCUUCUAUUAGUGGAAGCGGAAAUACCGUCCCGGUCUGGAGUAUUCUUCCUCUGUAUCACAUGUACACAUCCACCAUUAGCAAAAGUUUAGAUCUUAAUGACGACAACAAUGUAUUUGAACCGCCAACUUAUGAUGAUAUUUCAACUAUAAGUUCUUCGCAUACCCUUUCUAACCCAAAUAAUUCCUCAGAUAGCAGACAAAACUCCACUUCAAAUAUCAAUUCAAGAAGCAGCGUAUCUUCAGAAAGCUCGGACUUCAUUGUUGCAGACGAAAGCACUGGACAAUGGCAAGAAACUAUACUAGAUAAUGUUCAUAAAUUGAAAAGGUUGACUGACUGUGAAGAUAAUUCAUACGCUAAGAACUUGAAGAUUGAAAUGUUUUUCACUGAAGAUGUCGGACGAGUAGGUGUGAAACCAAACUUCGUCGAUGUCCUGAAAUAUGAAUAUAAGCAAGGGGAUUUAAUCAAUGGAUAUGUCAUGGUUGAGAAUCUCUCUGACAAACCAAUCCCAUUUGAUAUGUUCUAUGUCUUGUUUGAAGGCAAUUUCUCAGUGCAAUCUAACUUUCAGUUGGGUUCAAUUGGUGAACCGAAAGUUGUUUCUAAAAAAUUCCUUGAAAUGUUCGACUUCAGUGCAUCUUGGAAUUAUGCUCAUAUAAACAGAUUGGUGACAGAGUUCACUAACCCGCACACGUGUCCAGAUGGUAUCGACCACUUGGAUAAUACAAGACAGGCCUUUGGAUCAGAAAGGUUGAUUCAACCUAAUAGGAAAUACAAGAGAUUCUUUACAUUUCAAAUUCCCAACAACUUGUUGGAUUCAACUUGUGAUCAUAGCUUAUCUAUGCACACUGCACUCCCGCCUACCAUAGGUACACCAAGGAGUGUAAGUGCCAACCUGAAGUCUAAAGUGAACCAAAGCUCUAAAGUGAAGGAUUUUUCAUUUAUUGAUACAAACAUUAGCUACAGUGUUGAUGCAAGAUUUAUCGGAAAAGCUUCAAUGUACGGAGAGAAUAAAGUAAACCUCCUGAAGAGAUCAAAUUCAAAGAUCAUCAACACUAGCGGAGAUGAAUUCUUAAUACUUAAGGACACUCAACGCCUAGUGAGAAUUGUUCAAGAAAAUGAGAAGAUUGGCAUUAAUGAGAGAAUUGAUAAGUUUAGAUAUGAUAAAUUAUUAUUGGAUAACUUCAUGGCAAGGGUUGAUGAACGUCUUGAGUAUGCGGAAGAGAUGCUAGCAGCACUUUCUGAUUCAGGAACUAAUAGUACCGUUAGCCCAAUACCUUCAAAUAAUUCAUCUACAUUUCUCAGCACAAUUAUGUCUCCUGGAAGUGUACAUUCGAGUACUAGCAGUGCCUUAUCAUUAUCUGCUCAUUUUAAUUCAGGAUCAAUAAGUCUGAUGUCACACAGUAAUUCUAUAUCACAAACAAUUGCAGAUGAGCUUACUAAGUGUCGUCAGCUUUACAAACCAAAGGGCAGUAGCUGUUCGAAGAGGAUUGGUAAAGAUGGUGUAUUGUAUGAAGAGUUGGACUUUUACAAGAUGUAUUUUCCAUUCCAGAAGAAAUCGAUUACUGGUGCAUCAAAAUUUUUGGGAACUGUGAUCUUAAAUACUCCUAGAAUCCCAUACGUUGUUAAGUAUAUUCAACCUCUUGAAUUCUGCCAGUCAGAGGUGGAUAGCAGCCUGUUGAAAUUUCAAGUUCCGAUCAAUCUAGAAUAUGUGCUCCUGGAAUCUAAUCCUGACAUGAAGAAUAAAGUGCCAGAGAUAAAGAAAGUGUCAGUAGAAUUGAUUGCAGAAACUAUCAAGUCCGAUGAAUUCCCAUUACCAUUUGAGAUCAAUCACGAUAUGUUGUUUGAAAACAACAAAUUGUAUACCAAGACCCAUAAGCUGGCUUAUGAGUAUGAUACUGAUUACUUCGAUCAAAUGGUAGUUAAGCCAACAAAAAGAAAGGUUAGUAGAUUGAAAACUCUAGCAAAGGAACUUGGACCAGACGUAUUCCGCAUGGAAGCUAAAUUAGCAUCAGACAUUAAAAGUAUAUGUAACUUAAAGACUAAGAGGAUUAUCAUGACAAUUGAACAGGUCACAUGUGACAAUGGAGCUUCUCUCGAUCUGGUUUGCAAGCAGCCCUGGGCCAUUGAAGAAAAGGCAAAGAAUAUCACUCCUACAACUUAUACCAAGAGGUUGAACUUAGACAUUGACUUAUCUCAAGCAAAAAUGAAGACCGGCGAUAGCCAACACGGUCAUCCUUAUGAUAACUUUUGCUUGAUUCCAAGUUUCCAAAUGUGUUACAUGGCAAGAGUUUACUACUUGAAGAUAGUUAUUACACUCCUGAAAGGUGAAUCCCUUCUUGUGCAUAUACCAGUUGAAGUUACGAAAUAG